CACAUUAAUUAAUAUUUAAUUAGUUAAUUAGUUAAUUGAUAUUUUAACUUAGCUAAUUGGUCAUUUUAGCAACACAUUCUGCCACAACUGCAACUUUGACAUUUAUGAUCUUGAUAUGGCUCGAAAUUAAUUGUUUGAAACCCCUGCUACAAACCCUAAGUUAUCAUUUUUAAAAAUAACAAGGUUAUUUUUGACUGAUUUGGUAAAGCAUGUAAAGAUAUAUAACCUAACUAAUAAAGCUACAACAUAUAUAGAGCAAUGGCUCCUUCCAAAUGUUACUAGUAACAUUCAAAGCAUAGAGAUUUUACUAAAAGUACAUUUAUUUCAGUUAUUCUGUGAAAAAUAUUAAACUCAUAGUAAAUAGAUUCAGUAGUAACAAAAUAAAUAUUUUUAAAUAUUUUACUUAUGCGUUGAGGAUUAUGAUUUUACAGCUAAUCAAAUUCCAAAAUUCUGUUAAUGUAGGAUAAUUUUAGAGAGGCGAGUUAACCUAACAGUUAUGUUUUGGGACUGUGGGUGGAAGCUGGAGUACCUGGAAAGAACCCAGGUACUCCGUAUUGUCGUUGAUGUGCCGUAGGGCCGCCAGGGAGAACAUACAAACCCCCAUUCAGAAAGUGUUGUCCUUUAGGUAAAAGGGGAUUGAUUGUAUAUAGUAUGAAUGGCAGGAGUGUAAUUAAGUGUUAUAUGUGAUUUAUUGUACAUUUCUCUAUGUUCUUUAUUGGAUAAGUGGGUUAAAUAUACAAUUUAAUAUUUAAUAUACACGUUUAUUUUAAUGUACAAUUAUGCCACUGAAUUAAAAAUAAAUUCAAGUUAAGGCCUUUCGCACGUCUUCACCAGGCCAGCAGUAGUAAUAUACAUUUUAAGUACCAGUAAGUAGCAGUUUUUGGUCCUUAAGUACUUCUUUCUAGAUCAAUAACUUGUUCUCAGCCAGAACAAGCUACUGGCUGAGCUUUAGUAAUUGUAGCACCAUGAUUAGGUAUAGAUGAAUAGACGGACACAUGACAACACUAGUUGUAUGUAAUAAUUACCCAGAAAUUAGUACUCUUCUAGUAGUUUCUGUACCUUACAAAGGUGUAUUUUUAAAAAAAAAUAAUUUUCCUUAAACAAUUAGCUUUUUCUGCUAACCUGCAUGUUUUUACGUCUACCUGUUCAUUUGCUGUUUAACUCCAACUUUUUAAGAUCCCUGCUGUUUUCCUCUCAGGGUCUGGCUGUGAGCCCUUCAGAGAGAUUUACCACCACCUACAAUUCAGACUUUAAACCAUUUCACCAACGUAAAACAUUUCUGAAGCCCAUGCCUCCCACUAAAAGUGGGGGAGUAAACAUGACGCGUAUGCCUGAACGUGAUACAACGGCUAUGUUGCUUCAGCACUACUACAUGAAACCCCCCGAAACCAAAUCCACAUUUAUUAGCCCCCAGAACCCUCCGACUACCCUUUUCCCAGUCUUCAUACCUUCACUCGGCGGCAUAGCCACUUCCUUUUCUGAUCAGCUCAGAAAUGCUGGCUGUUUAAGGGACGAGGCUCCAUGGCACAACGUCUACGGUGAACGGGCUGGCCUGUUGAAGCGGCAGAUGGAGGAUCCAAGUGGGACCACUGACAUUCACUACGAGGAGGGAGUGAUUGUUUUAUCACCCUACAGAGGUCCCAUCAAGUGUGAGGAUGUCCUGCAGCUUCUGCACAAGACCGCCACGCCGACUCACAUGGGCACCCUUCCACGGGGGUCGGCUCCUUACAUUACACUGAAUCACGCCACAGGAGUCACGGGGGGCAACUUGACCGCCGUGAGCCAACCAGCUGUAUGUCAGCCCGCCCCCGCCCUUCAAUCUUCAUCCCACUACUGCGGCAACUGUGGAUGUAAAUCUGAGCAUCCUUUAGGUUGCUGCUGUGGGGCGCAACUUGUCCCUCCUCACAUCUGUCAGAGCGGCGGCCUGCCUCACCCCAUCAAGAGGCCUCCGCUGACCGAGUAUCAGGACAGCUAUUCCGCUAAGUGGUUCCAACCGAAGAUUAAACCCGGCUAACGUCACCUUCCUCCUUGUCACAAAGUUCAGCCCCCAAUACACAGCUCAU